GCUCAUACACUCUCGGCGCGUGACGCAAGCACGUUUCACUAUAAAUUCAUGUUGCGCAGGCGCGGCUCUCUCUCGGAUCCGCCUGCUGCUACUAAGAUGGCGCCGCAGAAAGACAAGAAGCCUAAGAGAUCAACCUGGAAGUUUAAUUUGGACCUUACUCACCCAGUAGAAGAUGGAAUUUUUGAUUCUGGAAAUUUUGAACAGUUUCUGAGGGAGAAGGUUAAAGUCAAUGGAAAAACUGGAAACCUUGGGAAUGUUGUUCACAUUGAACGCUUCAAGAAUAAAAUCACAGUUGUUUCCGAGAAACAGUUCUCUAAAAGGUAUUUGAAAUAUCUUACCAAGAAAUAUCUUAAAAAGAAUAAUCUUCGUGAUUGGCUUCGUGUGGUUGCAUCUGACAAAGAAACUUACGAACUCCGAUACUUCCAGAUUAGUCAGGAUGAAGAUGGAUCAGAGUCUGAGGACUAGGUGGUUUCCACUUACAUGGCUUUGCUUUUUAGUAAAACAAAUGAAGUGUAUGUGAGAAAGAAACAUCCGGAAAUAGGCUUUUAGUUUAUUGGUGAAUAAAAACGUUGCAUUCUUAGA